AUGGCGCCGAAGAAUAAAAAGUGCUCCAUUUGCGGUACUGUGGCCACCACAAAAUGGAUAACACUCGAUCGAAGGCGUUUAUGCAACGAUUGCUAUGACAUUCAAUGCAAUCCACCGUUGGAACCGAAGCAGGAUCUAGAAACGGAUGCUCCCGGACCGAGCGGUCUCGGCUACAAGAGCGAAACAUUCAUUUCGACUGUGUCGGUAUCGAGCGAUCCAGCUGAUGACGGUGUCUUUGCGAAACCUUCCAUGAUACCCAAACCAAGCAAGGUUGGCAAACGUGCCGAAACGCAGCCGGCUCGCAACAUCCCGAAAAAACCUCUCCGCAGUAAACCGAAGAAGACGGGAAUGAAGCUUAAAUUUACCGACGAAACAACACGCCCAAAAUCAGUUCCGAAAUUGUUCCAUGAGAAUUUCUGGUAUGAGGUAGGGGAUAUAGUAUCGCUGGUCGAUAUGAAGGACAACACGUAUUACGCACAAAUACGUGGUCUGGUGGUGGACGUGUUUAAUGAGAAGAGUGCCGUACUGACGUGGCUGGUUCCAACCAUUGAAAGUCCGCCACCGAACGAAGGUUUCGACCCUGGCACCUAUCAUAUCGGCCCGGAUGAGGAUGAGCUGCGAGAUUUGAGCCAAAUGAGGUUCGUUAUGCACGCACCGAACGGGUACUACUUUAACCGAAAUCAUCCGUUUCCACGGCCGAAUGUACACGGGCCGAUCACCAGGGAUGGCCGAUCGACCGAGGUGCCGGAGUACGAAUGGACAAACAUCUGCCAUCUUCACUAUGGUGAACAUUCGAAACGCUAA